AUGAGUGACAGAAAUGGAAGCAUUCCAAAAUUUGAAUUGAGGUUGAACCUAUCCCCACCAAGGGUUGUUAAUUGUAGAGCCGAUUCACCAACUCUAUCAGCAAUACUGUCAUCGACAUCACCACCAAGCUCAUGUGUGUCUACCGAGGUCAACCAGGGGGAGGAGAACAACAACAACCUUGAAUACUCCAACAAUCCUGAAGCCAUUUCCCUGGUGGUAGCAGGGUGCCCUCACUGCCAUAUUUAUAUAAUGGUUGCUGAAGAUAACCUCAAGUGCCCUAAAUGCAAAAGCACUACUUUGCUUGAAUUUGACCAUGACAACAACAACAACAACCUCAUCAUAGGGAAGGGAUAG